CCCUCGUACGCAGGCGGGCGCAGCGCGGCGCAGUGCGCGGCCGGGAGGAGCCGGCGGGGGGUGGCGGGCGGCGCCGGUCGCUGCCUGCCCCCGGUGCGCGGAGCCCGGUGCGCGGUCCCGCCAUGAACAGCAUCAAGAGCGUACCGGCGCGGGUGCUGAGCCGCCGCGGCGGACACAGCCUGGAGGCGGAGCGGGAGCAGUUCGACAAGAGCCAGGCCAUCAGCAUCAGCAAAGCCAUAAAUACACAAGAAGCCCCGGUGAAGGAGAAACACGCUCGCCGGAUCAUCCUGGGGACACACCACGAGAAGGGAGCGUUCACCUUCUGGUCCUACGCCAUCGGGCUGCCCCUGCCCAGCAGUGCCAUCCUCAGCUGGAAGUUCUGCCACGUCCUGCACAAGGUCCUGCGCGAUGGCCACCCCAACGUCCUCCAGGACUGCCAGAGGUACCGCAGCAACAUCCGAGAGACGGGGGACCUGUGGGGCCAUUUGCACGACAGGUACGGGCAGCUGGUGAGCAUCUACACGCGGCUCCUCCUCACCAAGAUCUCCUUCCACACCAAGCAUCCCGAGUUCCCCCCAGGCCUUGAAGUGUCAGACGAGGUGCUGGAAAAGACCGCGGGGACGGACGUGAACAACAUAUUCCAGCUGACGGUCGAGCUGUUCGACUACCUGGACUGUGAGCUGAAGCUGUCGGAGUCAGUUUUCAGGCAGCUCAACACCUCGAUGGCGGUCUCGCAGAUGUCGGCGGUGCAGUGCCGCCUGGCCCCCCUCAUCCAGGUCAUCCAAGACUGCAGCCACCUCUACCACUACGCCGUCAAGUUAAUGUUCAAGCUGCACUCCUGUCUGCCGGCCGACACGCUGCAGGGACACCGAGACCGUUUCCACGAGCAGUUUCGCAGCCUCAAAAACUUCUUUAAGAAAGCAUCCGACAUGCUGUAUUUCAAGCGGCUCAUCCAGAUCCCUCGGCUGCCAGAGAGCCCCCCAAACUUCUUGCGGGCAUCCGCGCUGGCCGAGCAUGUGAAGCCGGUGGUCGUCAUCCCUGAGGAAGCCCCUGAGGAUGAGGAGCCAGAGAACCUCAUUGAGAUCAGCACAGCUUCCACCACGGAGCCGCAGAUCACCUCAGAUAUAUUUGAGCAAACCUUUGGGCCACCCAACGGCAUUCGGGAUGACAGGGAUGCGCAGAUCGAGAGCCUGAAGAAGGAGGUGGACAUGCUCCGUGCAGAGAUGGAGAAGGUUAAACUGGAGGCGCAGCGGUACAUCACGCAGCUCAAGGCGCAGGUGAACAGCCUGGAAGGCGAAGUGGAGGAGCAGCGUAAGCAGAAGCAGAAGGCGCUGGUGGACAACGAGCAGCUGCGGGAUGAGCUGGAGAGGCUGCAGAAGGCAAAGCAGGACAGCGACAGGUCCCAGCGGCUCUGCGCCGAAGCAGAAAAGAAAGCCAACGCCACUGAGAUCCGCUACACGAAGCUGAAGGAGAAGCACAGCGAGCUCAUCAACACGCACGCUGAGCUCCUGAGGAAGAACGCCGACACGGCCAAGCAGCUGACGGUCACGCAGCAGAGCCAGGAGGAGGUGGCACGCGUCAAGGAGCAGCUGGCGUUUCAGGUGGAGCAGGUCAAGCGGGAGGCCGAGAUGAAGCUGGAGGACCAGAGCGUGCAGAUGGAGCAGCUGCGGCAGGAGCUGGACGCCCGGCGGGACGAGCUGGACCAGGCGCAGCGCUCGCUCAGCCACGCCAAGCAGGCGGGCGUGGAGCUCAGCGCCCAGGUGGAGGCCCUGCACACCGAGAAGGAGGUGCUGAGGCGGUCGGUGAGCGAGAAGGAGUGUGAGCUGCUCUCCGUGCGUGGCCUCGUCGAGGAGAAGGAGCUGCAGCUGAGCCAGGAGGCGGACAAGGCCACGAGGGAGAUCCGUGAGCUGCAGGGCAGGCUCCUGGAGAAGAGCAACCAGGAGCAGAGCCUGCAGCAGAAGCUGCUGGAUGAGCAGUUCAGCAUCCUGCAGGAGACGGUGCGGGAGGCGGAGGACAUCCUCCGUGAUGCGAUGGCCAAGCUGGAUGACCCAUUGCAUGUCCGCUGCACCAGCUCCCCAGAUUACCUGCUGAGCCGGGCGCAGGCAGCGCUAGAGUCCGUGGACACCCUGGAGAACGGACACGCGCAGUACGUGGCCUCCAUGGCAGCAGAUGCCGCGGGGCUGGUGGGGGCCCUGGCCCUCUUUGCACACCUCACGGCUGAUACCAUCGUGAAUGGCAGCGCCACGUCCCACCUGGCUCCCACCGACCAUGCUGACCGGCUGACGGAGACGUGCCGGGACUGCGGGCAGCGGAGCCUGGACUACCUGGGCGAGCUGAAGGACAAGGAGACGCUGGGGCGUGCCAAGCUGGGGGACGUGCGGCAGGCGCUGCGGGGGGUCCUGCAGCUGGCCCAGGAGCUGAGGCCCAAGAGCUUAGACAUCAAGCAAGAAGAGCUGGGGGACAUGGUUGAGAAGGAGAUGGCCUCCACCUCAGAGGCGAUUGAGGAUGCCGUUAGGCGGAUAGAGGAGAUGAUGAGCCAGGCCAGAAACGAGAGCUCCGGUGUUAAGCUUGAAGUGAACGAGCGGAUUCUGAACUCCUGCACAGACCUAAUGAAGGCUAUUAGACUUCUUGUAAUGACAUCCACGAAUCUACAGAAGGAGAUUGUAGAAAGUGGCCGGGGGGCAGCAACAACUCAGGAGUUUUACGCCAAGAACUCGCGCUGGACCGAAGGGCUGAUCUCUGCCUCCAAGGCGGUGGGCUGGGGAGCCACGCAGCUCGUAGAGUCCGCAGACAGAGUUGUCCUGCAUACGGGCAAAUACGAAGAGCUGAUCGUCUGCUCCCAUGAAAUUGCCGCCAGCACGGCCCAGCUGGUGGCCGCCUCCAAGGUAAAAGCUGAGAAGAGCAGCAGGAACCUGGGCCGGCUCCAGGAGUGCUCGCGCAACGUCAACGAGAUGGCAGCCAACGUGGUGGCCUCCACCAAGUCGGGGCAAGAGCAGAUCGAGGAGAAGGACACCAUGGACUUUUCAGGCAUGUCCCUCAUCAAGCUGAAGAAGGAAGAGAUGGAAACACAGGUGAAGGUGCUGGAGCUGGAGAAGCGUCUGGAGGGCGAGCGGGUGCGCCUGGGCGAGCUGAGGAAGCAGCACUACGCCCUGGCCGGCGCUUACGACGCGACGGAGGAUGGGGAGGCGAAGCCGGCACCAGCCCCCAGGCGAGGCAUCCUCAAGAAGCCCCCCCUGGCCCAGAAGCCCGGCCACGGGGAGCCCGAGCGAGACGCUGGCCCGAACCCCCCUGACAGGGCGAACUUCUAGCGGGGGCCGACUGUGUUUUCCACAGAUUGCGUUGCCUUCGCGCUGGCGUGCCUUCAUGCGCGGGGGUCUCCUCACCUCCUGGCCUGGAAAACUGGAUUUUUUUUAAAAAAAAACCAAAACAUAUUUUUAUUUUUUCCUCACUUGAUUCCUAUCUGUAGAGCAGGGGAGCUCCUGCUGGCUCCCCGGGAGGCACGGGAUGGAUGCCCUCCUCCUCUUGGCCUGCCAACUGGCUCUCCCAGUUUAAUUUAAUUUGGCGUUUGUUUGGGGUUUUGGGGGUUUUUUUUUGUUUGUUUUUGUUUUUUUUUUUUAAACUUUAUCAGGACUAGAAGUUUUCAGUAAAUGUAGCUCUCUACUGUACUGCUCAGACCCUUCCAAAGAACUGUGAACUGUUUUUAAAGUAGGAAGCUGUUGGGCUUUUCUUGCAACUGUUUUUUAAAUUCUCCUUUUUCAGCCUGAGGAAUAAUUUGCUUUGUUUCAGCGUGGGAUCUGCCCUCAGCGGAGAGGGAGACAUUAGCCUUAACCGGCGUGAGGAGCAGGGCUUUUGUAAGGGAAAAAGCAGUUACUGACACACUGGCAAUAAGGAUACAAACAUUUUUUUUUUCUCCUUUUCUAUUUUUUAUUACUACAGCAAUGUCUGGAGAUCAGUUGCAUUAUAUUUUAUAUUUAAGAUAAUUAGCAGAAUUAAAUCUAACCGUGGCCUACAGGAGCCGGGGGACAGAGAAGUCUGCAGCAAUAAGGAAUUACUGAUGUGGAGGGACAUGGGGCCAGAAGAAAAAUCCUGUCAGCUGUAUCGUCCCUUGGAGCUACUACCACGCUGUAGAUUAUUAAAGAAGCAAUAUUUAAAA